CACAGACUACAGAAUGGGAGGAAAUCUGAACAACAAAACAGCAUUGGGCGCUUGUGAAUGGCUGAUCUGAAAAUGUGUUGAGCUGAUCAGUCCAUAUUCAAUUUGUAAAGCAACACACCCCGUUAUAAAGCUGUUUAACAGAGCGAGAAUGCGGCGUCUGGGUUCAGUGCAGCAGAAGAUCCCAUGUGUUUUCCUGACGGAAGUGAGGAACGAACCAUCCAGGAAACGCGACUUUCAGCAGUUUCAGGUGGUGGCCACUGAGAAUGUGAACCCUGCUGCUCUUCAAUCAGAUGUUCACUGUGCUGUAGCAACCGAGAAGAUCGAUGGGACAUGCUGCUAUGUCACCACAUACAGAGGGGAGCCAUGUCUCUGGGCUCGCUUGGAUCGGAAACCCACCAAGCAGGCGGACAAGAGAUUCAAAAAGUAUCAGUAUUCACAGAAGACCUGUAAAGGAUUUGUUUGGGACGUAGACAAAGAUUUCCGUGAAGUGCCAGAAUCCUGGAUCGCUGCUCACAGAGUCCAGCAUGAGAACGGCCAGCCAGUGCCGGACGAACAUGGACACAUACCAGGUUGGGUUCCGGUGGAUCAUACCAACAAGCAGUACUGCUGGCACGCCUCUGUGGUCAACUAUGAUGCUGGUGUCGCCCUCGUCCUGAAGACACAUGGAGAGGAUGAAGGAUUGCUUGAAAUUGUCAGCGUUCCUCUGGCAGACCUCAUGGAGCAAACCCUUGAGCUUCUUGGAACCAACAUUAAUGGAAAUCCAUAUGGUUUGGGAAGUAAGAAGCAUCCAGUCCAUGUCCUGGUGCCUCAUGGGGUCCUGCGCAUCCGGAACCCUCCUCCAGUGGAAUUCCAGCAGCUAUAUUCCUGGUUUCAGGAAUGCCAGGAGGGGCGAGUGGAGGGAAUCGUGUGGCACUGUGAUGAUGGGACACUGGUCAAGAUACACCGCCAUCAUCUCGGUUUGAAAUGGCCUGUCGGUGACCCCUUCCUGAACACCAGACCUGUGGUCAUCCACGUAGAUGAAACGCCUGAUCCAGAUGCUUCUGAGAAGGACUUGUUCAAAUCGUUUUCCAGCAUAAACGGAAAACUCUUCAGCUGCAUACGGGACAUUGCCUUUGAACCCUGAUCCAUAAAAUGAAACUACCAAACAUUCCUGUGAAAUCUGGUUUUAGCCAGAAUGAAGAAUCAGCAUGAAAUACAGAUCAAAACUGCCUAUUGCAAAUUCCAACUGACACUUUGCUCAUAUAUGCACUUUGAUAUGUGAUAUGUGUGAGAAUGUUGCGAUUCGCUUUAUAUUUGGCACUUUUUCUUUUUAAAAUUUUAUAAAAAAAAAAAAAACAAUAAUUCUGUUUAAAUUCAUUUCAGAGGAUGGUUCAGCAAUAUGUAUAUAAAUAAAUACAACAAACUGACAUUGAUCGUCAUUUAUUACAUGUAAAGAGUCUAAAAAAUGAGGCAGUAAUUGAUAGAUUCAGUUUCAGCUUAUUCUAAUAAGGCCAUAAAAUCACAAAUAUUGUAAACUUUAUAUGAAAAGGUGGUAAUAUUUUAGAAAAAAAUAAAUAUGAACCUACUUGUGAAACAUUGUACUUGAAUAUAAAGCGAAGCAACAUUUGUACACCUUUGGCUCUAACUGAGCAGUAACGAUAAAACCGAAUGAGCUGAAAACCCAUCUGAUGUGUGUUAGCUGAUAGACACGUCUAUGGGAUCCGCCAGCUUCUUCAGCUGUUCCUCUAGGAUGGUGUUUUUCUUCACCUUCAGAUUAUAGUUGAACUUCAGAUCCUCAAGUUCCUCAGAAAAGUUUUCCAGCUCUCAGGUCCGCUUUCUCACUUCGUCCUAAAAUAAAACAUUUAUAAUGUGACUUGAGAUCUAAAAACUGCAGAAUAUUUAGCCAUUUUUCUCCAGGGAUACCUGUAUUUUAUUUUAUUUUUUUUCAGUAUUUGCUGUCUUAAUUUGUUUCUGGAGAUCACUGUAUCCUACAAAAGGAACAGGUAGAUGGUAUAUGUCUCAUGUAGCCACAAUAUAAGUUCUUCAGAAAAUCAGUGGUGAUCUUACCUGGUCCUGCUUUGUUGGUUCCAAACUGCUCAUCGUACUUGAGGAUCUGGCCAAGAAGUUGAGCAUUUUCCCUCUCGAGAUGUUUAUUGGCCAAAUCAAAUUGGGAAAUAUUUGGCAAAGAAUGAGUUUAAGUCAUUUCUUAUGCUUGGAAGUAUGUAUAUUUGCGCGCUUCACCUCAGGGACUGGUACUCUCUGACAAGGCCUUCAUCAGUGGUCACUUCCACAGGGAUAUUCUUAAGCAGUUCCACCUGUUAAUACGUAUUAGGUUAUCAGAUCUCUGAGAAAAGGAGCAUCUUAAGGCUGGAAUGCACUACAUUGGGACAGAUUUUAAAACACAUUUGCCAACUUUAUAAAUGGUUACAGAGAAAUAAAAAAAAAGACUACCAGACUUUCAAGUCAUUCUGAACACGACCAACUCAAGCAGAAACAUGUGCCUGGUUGCUAGGAGACGCACGACAAACGAAAACAAGAAGUGUUCUAAAAUUGGCUCAAAACAACAAACGUGUUACAGUAAUGGAAGAAUAUGGGGAUUUUAAUAAAUAGCUGAAGAAGUG